AUGCCUCGCCAAUUCUUCGUCGGAGGAAACUUCAAGAUGAACGGAGUCACCGACUCCAUCAAGUCCAUCGUCACCAACCUCAACAACUCCAAGCGCGACCCCUCCACCCAAGUCGUCAUUGCCCCUCCCUCCAUCUACCUCACACUCACCCGCGAACUCGCCGAUCCUUCUAUCGGCGUCUCGGCCCAGAAUGUCUAUGACAAGCCCAAUGGCGCUUUCACCGGUGAAGUGAGCGUGGAGCAGCUCAAGGAUGCCGGUAUUGACUGGACACUUGUGGGACACAGUGAGCGUCGUGUUUUGUUGCGGGAGGAUGAUGACUUCGUUGCGCGCAAGACCAAGGCUGCUAUUGAUGGUGGCUUGAGUGUUAUCCUCUGCAUUGGUGAGAGCUUGCAGGAGCGUGAAGCUGGAAAGACCAUCGAUGUCGUGACCACACAGCUCGGUGCCGUCGCCAAGGUCUUGAGCGAGGGAGAAUGGUCUAAAGUCGUCAUUGCCUAUGAGCCUAUCUGGGCCAUCGGAACCGGCAAGGUCGCUACCACCGCCCAAGCCCAAGAAGUCCACGCUGCUAUUCGCAAGUGGCUCGGCGAGACCAUCUCCGCCAAAGUCGCUGACGAAACCCGCGUCAUCUAUGGAGGCAGCGUUAGCGAGAAGAACUGCCGCGAAUUGGCCAAGGAGAAUGAUGUCGACGGUUUCCUCGUUGGUGGUGCCAGCUUGAAGCCAGCUUUCGUUGAGAUCAUCAACUCCCGUUUGUAA